AUGGUGGCCUUCAAACUUAGGCAAUGUCUUCUCGGACUUGCCACAUUGGCCUGCUUCACGCCGGUCGAUGGUAUCCAGCCAGUCAAUCGCAAUCCUACCGGUCUUACGCUCUUUGGCCGAAAGGCUAGUACUUCGCUCGUUUCCAAACCUGGUGAUGCCCCCAAGAAACGUUCUGCAAUUGCGAAUGCAAACCCCGAGCCUUACUACUACUACGUCCCACAAUCAUAUGAUGCUCCACCUUAUUAUCCACCCCAUGUUACUUCUUCGGAUCCAGGGACUACCAGUACCUCUACUUCUACCACUUCGUUGAGCUCUGCUUCUUCGUCUGAAUCCACUACAUCUGGAGAAGAGACUGCCACCUCUUCUGGAACUAGUACUACUUCUGGAACCUCAACCUCAACCUCGGUGACUACCACCUCUGGUGUAAAUAGUACUACGAGCUCAGAAACUGGAUCGGUCACUUUAGAGCCUGAAACCACAACGACGACGACGACGACUAGUUCUUCAAAAACUGCUGCUUCAGCUCCUGAAACAGAGACUACGACCUCCUCGUCGAGUGAAACCAUUGACUUCACUACUAGUAGCACCACUACUGUUGUUACUACUAUCACUGUCACGCUGACUAAUUCGAGCUCUACUUUGACGACAAGUUCCGGGUCUUCCGUUAUAUCUUUCCCAGAGACGGAAACUACAACGACUACGUCGACUUCGACCAUUGCUUCGACUUCUAGCUCAUCGUUUCCUACUACUAUAGGUUCAAACUCGUCAACCGUCGCUACGACGACAACAUCGACAUCGACGGAGACGUCCUCUGUGAUAUCAGUUCCCGAAACGACAUCAAGCAUUGAAACUACAAGUAGCAAUUCGACAACUAGUUCAACCUUUUCUGGGACAUCCGUUGAGACAUCUUCCGUUGUUUCGAACCCAGAGACUGAGACUACUACCUCAAGCUCAUCAUCUUUCGUAACUUCCACAGCCACUAAUGCUAGUACUAGCACUAUCGUUCCCACGUCAAGCUCGAGCGAAUUGUCCACUACGACGCUCACGAUUACUAACACCACUUCAACUACAGCUAUCUCAACGUCAACUUCAAGCCUGAUUAGCGACCCAGAAACAAGUACCACAUCCUCUCUUUCGUCUUCUAGUCUCUUGACAUCGGUCAAUGCUACAACUACAACAACCGUGACUAUACCUUCGAGCAGUUCAAAUACAACUACAUCACUUGAGACAAGCACUACAUCCCUCACUACAUCCUCGUUGAAUGCAACAACUUCGUCUAGCACUGUUAUUAGCGAGCCUCCCGAGACCUCGCCGACAACUUCUAGUUUCUCUACUUUAACUAGUUUCAAUGUUUCUUCUACGACUACAAGUUUUACUUCAUUGACCACCAGCAAUGUCACAGUCACUAUCUUCAAUUCGACGACAACCAUCACUUUCCCUACUACAACAUCCAGCCAGCUGGAGACGACUACGUCGAUUUCAACAACGACUUCAUUCAAUGCAACUACUACUGUCACAACUUCUUUGUCCACUUCCUCGAGUAUUGGUAAUUCGACAACAUCUCUUGCUAGCACUUCGACCAUCACAUCUGCAAAUAGUACGACGACAGGAUCAAGCAGUCUCAUUUCGGAGCCGGAGACAUCAACAACAUCUUUUACUACCACAUCUUUGAAUGGUACUGCGACUUCUUCUGUUCCUGGGAAUUUGACUACUUCAACUUUCACCAGUAGCAUUGGGACCUCAACAAGCACAAUUUUGUCCACAAUAUCGGUUCCAGAGAAUACCACAACUUCGACAUUCACCACAACUUUUGGUGAAUCAACAUCUACGGGAACGACUACAAUCACAAGCUCAGGAAACUCUACAACGACAUUCGUCACAACGGUUCCAAGUUCUACCACAACCGGGACCACGACUUUUAACGUCUCGACCACCUCAGGGACUUCUAGUCUGCUAUCUGAGCCUGAAACUUCGACUGGUACAGCGACGAUCAACGAUCCUGGGAACUCUACAACAACGGCUACGAUUACAUCCGGAACUACAACGGUGACUACAGGAACCUCGAGUCUUAUUUCUGAGCCCGAAACAUCAUCUACGUCAACCGUGACCACGGCUAGUAAUUCAACAAGUACCUCCGUUACGACGAUUACUUCUGGUACUUCAACCACAACUAUUUCUAUCACCUCAGAGACUUCAAGUCUGAUUUCGGAACCCGAAACAUCGACGACCACCGGAGUUACUUCAGAAAAUUCCACAGUUACAUCUACUACGACUAUCCCAUCCGGAACAACGACCAUAACACUCUCGACGACCUCGGAAACAUCAAGUAUUAUAUCCGAACCUGAAACAUCCACUGGAACCUCUUCAAGCACAAGUAGCCCCUCCACAUCGGCUUCCACAAGCACUGGUACCUCAACCAUUACACUUUCCGGCAGUACAUCGACGAUUACAUCAACCAUCACGUCUGAAUCCACGACUUUCACGGAAACCUCUACAAUUUCUGACCCCGGCACCACAUUGACAUCGACUUUUACAACCACUAGUGUCUCUUCAUCGUCAAUUAGGUACUAUGGAUACCCUCCGGAACCCUGGUUCUCUUCCAUUCCUACCCAAAUUAGCAGUACCACACUGGAAUUAAGCACAUCCUUUGUAUCCUCUAGCAGUAUCUCGGAACCUGGUGAAACUGAUACGUCUGGUACUAACAGCAUCGUGUCAACUACCAGUAGUUCGCUGAAUACACUCCCAACCACCCCUCCAGUAUCUCCGGAAGGAAUAUGCGGCCCAAGCAACGGGUUUGGUUGCUUCGGAUCUUCGUUUGGUCCAUGCUGUUCUCGAUCCGGGACUUGUGGACGGGAUGCUCUACACUGUAUUGUAAAUUGUCAGCGUCGAUUUGGUGAUUGCUCGAACUCAAAUCUUAGUCCCGAUGGUACCUGCGGUGGAAGUACGGGAUACGUUUGUCACGCAGCGGCUGGUGGCACUUGUUGCUCUCAAUUUGGGUAUUGUGGCAAUUCUACCGCUUACUGUGGAGGUGGCUGCCAACCUGCUUUCUCGGUUACCGGGACGUGUAACAUCAAUCCGGAUGCUUCUUAUGACGGCCGAUGCGGUAUAAACUUUGGUAAGACUUGCAAUGACGGGCCGUAUGAUGGGCAAUGCUGCUCUCAAUACGGAUAUUGUGGUGUCACUGAAGCGCACUGCGGCCCGGCCUGCCAAUCCGGCUGGGGUCGGUGCUCUGCUCCUUGA